AUGGAAAAGCUACGGGAUUUCAAGACUAUUAAUGUCGGCAUCAAGGUGAAAGCUACAGUACACGAAAAUAAGAAAACGCGAACCGCUCAAGCCAAAAAAGCUACGCGAAUCGAGUCGGCUUUAGUUAUUCUUGGCUUAAGGUUUCUGAAGUUUUCGAGGUUUUCGAGGUUUUCGAGGUUUUCGAGGUCUAGUUCUGAUUUUCGAGUUGUGUAUUUCGCGUUUCGUGAUUCCAACGACACGAAAGACCCAUUUUCGUUCUGGGUGAUCUCUCACGGUCCAUCAGCGCCAGGAAAACUCCAAGAUCAACGUGUGGACUGGAAAGUAGGACAAGAAGUGGUUUUCGUUUUUGCUGGACACGCUCGAGGGAUUGGCCGAUCCGUUUGCCGCGGUACGCGAAAAAACUGGCGGCAAAUUGGAUUACAACCGCGGUCGUGGGACCUUUCAACAAGAUUUUCGUGA